GAGUAGGAAGAAGAAGAAUCUGGGAAGGAGGAGACCAUGACAAUAGAGAAGGACGAGGAGGAAGACAAAGAGGAGGACGAUGAUGAAGGAGGAGGGGAAGGAGGAUAAGGCGCCGAUGAUGGAGGACGGGGAGGAGAAGGAAAAGGAGGAAGAGGAGGACGACGACGAGGACGAGGAGUGGAAAGAGGAGGAAGAAGAGGAGGAAGAAGAGGAGAAGGAAAAAGAGGAUGAGGGUCCGACAAUGGAGGGGGAGGAGGAGGGGGAGGAGGAGGAGGGCAUGGCGAUGAAGGAGGGGGAAGAGGAGGAGGGGGAAGAGGAGGAGGGCAUGGCGAUGGAGGAGGAAGAAGAAGAAGAAGAGGUGGAGGAGGAGGAGGAAUUAGGAGAAGAAGACAAGGAGGAGGACGAGGAGUAGGAGGCCGCCCCGAUGGCGGCGAAGGACGAAGAGGCGACGGUGGCAGCGAGGGAGGAGGUGGAGGAGGAGAGAUGACGAGCAUGAGGAGGAGAAUGAGUAGUAGGAAGAGGCCCCGACGAUGUUGGAGGAGGAGGAGGAGUAGGAGGGGGCCGAAGUGAUUGGUCACGCGAUCACUCUGUCGGCCUUCCCCGCCCUUUUUUUAAUCAAUCAAUCAUUCAAAC